CUGGGUCUGGAAGAUUUCCAGGUUUGUCAUGCAUAUUUCGCAUGAGCUAUGAUGCCUGUAAUGCAUGACCUAGCAUGACAGAUUUUUUGCGGGUAUCUUGAUGCCUAUCCCGCAUGACAAAUGCCCUCUCCGCGGAGCAAAAACUGGACGCCUCUUGCUGCUCAUGCAAUACAGAUAUUUUUAGAUUUCAAAAAUAGCAUCACAAGUUGCAUUCUUCCAGACCCAGACAUUUUUGCAAUCCAUACCCUACGGCCAAGUAUGAUGUGAGAAAAAUGUGUUACAGGCACACAUUGGCUGGACCUUUACUUCAUCAGCACAAACAUUCUCUGCAUGGCAGAGAAGUACUAUAGAUACUUGUAAUGCAGCGAUUCUUACAGAUUGAUCACAAGGAAUUUUUAUUGAGCAUAUUGUAUGAAAUUAUAUCUACAACUAGGCUCGGGCUCCUGAGAGUAUCCGGCAUGACAGAACUUGUCUGUCUUGCUUGGCCUGCGUCGUAACACUCUUUUCUUCGCAUAGGAAGUGUACACUGACCAGUACGGGGGGCCCGCGGACUAU